GUGAAUCGCUGGGGAAGAAGAAGAAGCACCAGCCUCUCCCCAUGAUGGCGGCGACCACAGACAACAGCAAUGCUGCCCCGGCGGCCAAAAAGAAGCACCUCGGGAUCCCUGAAGCGGUGUUCGUGGAGGACGUGGACUCAUUCAUGAAGCAGCCGGGGAAUGAGACGGCAGACGUGGUGCUGCGGAAACUGGACGAGCAGUGUCAGAAAUACAAAUAUAUGGAGCUCAACUUGUCGCAGAAGAAACUAAGGUUGAAAAAUCAGAUUCCUCAAAUCACACAGACGUUAGAAAUCCUACGACACAUGCAGAAGAAGAAGGAGAACACAGAACCAUUGAAAACACACUUCAUGCUGGCUGAUAAUGUUUACUGCAAGGCUUCGGUGCCACCUACUGAUAAAGUCUGUCUAUGGUUGGGGGCAAAUGUUAUGCUAGAGUAUCACAUCGAUGAGGCACAGGCUCUAUUGGAGAAGAAUCUGUCCACCGCAUCACGCAACCUGGAGACUCUGGAGGAGGACCUGGACUUUCUGAAGGACCAGUUCACCACCACUGAAGUCAACAUGGCCCGGGUCUACAACUGGGACGUGAAAAGAAGGAGCCGGGAAAACCUCCUAAAAUCAGCUGGAAAGUCCUAAUAAAGGCCGGACCCCCGAACGCCCAUCCUCACCUUUCAGCGACAUAAGCACCCCCCUCCCCCACUCCACCACAUACUCUCCUGAGCAGAAGUCGGCUUGUUUAAAACACGUUCGAAGAGAUGACUGAUGUCGGCUAGCUAAACUACCAAGUCACCAUUCAAUUUUUACGUACGCCCCUCCUGGUCUAGUCUAGAUGGAUUCACCACAUGCUCUGUUGAUUUGUUACUUUGAAGUAUUUUUUCAAGUAAAACCAACAAAAACGUUCAUCCAGCUUUUGUGUUCUUUUCAUCCGGACCUUCUUUUCGCCAGGUGACGUGGGAAUGGUUCCUGUCUUUUCUAAUCUAGUCUGAGCGAUUCAAAACACACAACCAAAAUCAUGUUUCAUGGCCUCAGUUCUCCUCUGUAUUUAUUUGUCUCUCGCUGUUCUCAUCUAACUAAGAAUGAAGUAAAAGACAAACAUUUGGAAACACGA